CAUUUCCCCGCUCUGCCGGUGGGACGAGUUUCUCAUUGGCCGGCGGCUCGGCUGUGAUUGGUCUCCGUUCCCGUCGCUUGGGGAACGCUGCCUUCCGGGUUCGGCGGCAGGAGGAGCGGGGCGCCGCCGGCGCAGCAUGAGGCGGGUCACGCUGUUCGUUAACGGCAGUCCCCGGAACGGGAAGGUGGUGGCUGUGUAUGGCACGCUGUCGGAUUUGCUGUCUGUGGCGAGCAAUAAGCUGGGAAUCAAAGCAACCAGUGUUUACAAUGGGAAAGGUGGUCUCAUCGAUGAUAUUGCUUUGAUUAGAGAUGAUGAUGUUCUGUUUGUCUGUGAAGGGGAACCGUUCAUUGAUCCUCAGACCGAUGCAAGACCUCAUGAAGAGCUAACAGGGGCGCACACAGACUGGUUAACACUUAAUGUUGGAGGUCGAUACUUCACCACCACACGGAGUACUUUGGUUAAUAAAGAACCUGACAGUAUGUUGGCCCACAUGUUUAAAGAUAAAGAUGCUUGGGGAAAUAAGCAAGAUCACAGAGGAGCAUUCCUAAUUGACCGCAGCCCAGAGUAUUUUGAGCCUAUUUUGAACUACUUGCGUCACGGGCAGCUCAUUGUAAACGAUGGCAUCAAUCUGCUCGGUGUUUUGGAAGAAGCCAGGUUUUUUGGUAUCGAUUCAUUAAUUGAACAUCUAGAAAUAGCUAUUAAGAACUCGCAGCCAGCAGAGGACCACUCUCCUAUAUCUCGAAAAGAGUUUGUGCGAUUCCUGCUGGCAACCCCAACCAAGUCUGAGCUGCGAUGCCAGGGUCUCAAUUUCAGUGGAGCAGAUCUUUCACGACUAGAUCUUCGGUACAUCAACUUCAAGAUGGCUAACCUAAGCCGCUGCAACCUCGCACAUGCCAACUUAUGUUGUGCAAAUCUUGAAAGAGCUGACCUCUCUGGUUCAGUGCUUGAUUGUGCGAACCUCCAGGGGGUGAAGAUGUUGUGUUCCAAUGCAGAAGGAGCAUCUCUAAAAGGGUGCAAUUUUGAAGACCCAUCAGGCAUUAAAGCUAACUUGGAAGGUGCUAACCUGAAAGGUGUUGACAUGGAAGGCAGUCAAAUGACAGGAAUUAAUCUCAGAGUUGCAACACUGAAAAAUGCCAAACUAAAGAACUGUAAUCUUAGAGGAGCAACUUUAGCAGGAACUGAUUUGGAAAACUGUGAUCUUUCAGGUUGUGAUCUACAAGAAGCUAAUUUGAGGGGAUCUAACGUGAAAGGAGCUAUUUUUGAAGAGAUGCUGACACCUUUGCACAUGUCUCAGAGCGUCAGAUAAGGAAGAGAACAUGCUAAAGACAAAGGAGUCAAAACAUGGUGACUUUCUUCAUGUCCUCCCCUCAUUAAGUUAGAAGCAUUGGUUAUUAGACAACUUAUAUUUGCAGUAGUGCCUAAGUAAACUAUUUUGAUUGCUUUUUGGGGAGGGAGCUUUAACUGAAAAGGUAGAAAUAGAUAAAUGCUGUUUCUACCUCUGAAAACAGAGUGAGGAAGUGGACUGGUUCUAGGAUCAGCAUGUGUGGCUUUUUGUUGACAAGCAUUGCCUCACUUUGGAAUUCAUUUUAAUUUAUAAAGCACAAUAUAUGCAAUUCUAUUUAUUAAAUCUGUAGCUGCAAUAUGAAUAGAAGAUGUUUUUCAUGUAUAGUAGCAUCAAAGUUCAGGUUUACAGUUAGACUAACUGUAAAUACACUAGUUUCUUCAUUCAUGCACAGUACAUUAAGUGGAAUGUGGUUUAGGUAAUGUCCACACGAUGUUUUCAGGUACUACGUUGAAAACAGUAGUUAACUGUCAUCAUAGGUAAUAUAUUGCCUUGUAGUAGUUAGGAUUCAGGUAUAGAACAGCUUUAUUAUCUUCUAAACGUGCUGUGGAAGCUGCUUCCACUGAAGGGAUCUGCAUACACAGCAGAUCUGGUUAUAACAAAACCAUCCUUGUUUAAAACUGGGAUUGCAUAUUUAAUCUUUUCCAAAUUAGUACACGAUUGCACUAUCAACUACAGCUGCUAAGGAAACAUUCUCUUGCUUUCAAAUGUCCUGUCCAUUCCCAACCUGGAGUACCUGUACAUUGUCUUUGUUCUUGGUGGGGGAUUAAAUGGACAUAGGAGAAUCCAAUCCACUGUCACCAGAGAUGAGCGCUGCAGCCAUAGCACCCACUCCUUUCUCCCCUGCCAUGCCUCCAGUAUAUAUGAGUAAAUGGCACUUGUUUCCCUUCCAUGUACUAUGCAAAUACUGUUGUACACUGCAUCCUUGCCCACAUGGGCGAAAUCCUUUCCCCAGCCAGAUGUCAGUAUACCACUUUGGGCCUGCUUAAAAGUGGCUGUGAAAGCCUCUUUGGAUGGGUGGAGUGCCCUUUCCACAGCUGCUUUACAUGUGAGUCAAAUAUGGAAUUACGUGACUUCUGGAGUGCAGAAAGUCUCACAGCACUUCUUUAGGUGAUGAUGCACUUCAUCUCAUAAGCUGUUUCCACUGCAGUAUCAAGCUGAGUUCUCAUCUAAUGUUUAUUUUGUACACAAUCAAAAAGCACAUAACCUAGACCAAAAAAGGUGCAUCAAGAACUCUUACCUCAGACGCUUCUUUAAAGUACCCCAAAGUUGAAACUAACAUUGAAUCUAUGAAAAUAGAACUGUUACUGAAGUCCAGAACAGAUGUAUCCUAACACAGAACACGAUCUGUUAGCAGUGAUUUGAGUCCCAGUUACUUUGCGUUGUCUCUUACAUGCAGUGCAGAAUUUCCCAUCCUCUGAAGUUGUAUUUGUUGUCUCAGUGGUUGCUAUGAAAAUGCUGCUUUGCCAUCAGUCUAGAAAGAUUAGUUUAGGAACAGUUUAUGAUGUGUUUGGGGAAGUGGGGGAUUCUUAUCAAGUUGGGUUUGAUGAUACUCAGGCAUAUCAUGUGAACUUCCAGGACUCAAAAUCCUACAGCCCUGUGGUUCCGAAUUGGGAUUUCUUUUCUGGAUUCCCUGGCCUCUUUAAUUUGGCUCUAGGAUAACACCCCAUCCUUGGUCAAAAACAUCCAUAGGGAAAUGCUUUGUGAUUUUUGGAGUCCUGUCUCCCACCUCAUCACUUUCACUGAUUGAUGUGUUGCAGAAAGAAGAAGAUUCCUAGGGCUAGAGAAACAAAUGAAUUAUUUUUCUUUAUCAUAUUUUGUAGCUAGAAGUAAAAUAUUGUAUGGGAAAAUAUAUUUUCAUAAUCACUGUGUAUAAAAUAUAUUUGAACUUUCACUGAAGUACUGUGUUUUAAAUAAUCACUGCAUGGGGCAUCAUUCAUUUGCAGAUGAAUUUAAGGUACCUCUUUUGCUAUGACAGAGCUGUACGAACAGCCUCAAGUGGCAUAUUCAGAACAUGCAGGUUCCAGCCUAAUUCAAAUUGCAUUAAUAAAAAUGGGAAAUACA